CGUUUCUUUAAAGAGUACUCUGUAACAGUUAUCCUAGUUAACUACUCCGCAGGUGCCUCAGGCAAGGCGGUCUGCUAUCGAUAACAUUUUGCGUCCGGAAAUUUUAUCACCGCGAUAGUAUCAGACCAGGUCCUUCAAUAAAUCUACGACGCAUAUUAAUUAAAGAACAGCAUCGAGGAGCUCUCAGACCUGAACGGCCUGGCCAUUGCAGAUAUUCGCCGCGCCCAAGCACAGAAAAUUGAAAGAGCCCGCCGCAGCCGGAGAUAAGAUCGCAUCGCAAAAAAUUCAUCGCCCACCACACCUACACCUCCAAGAAUCCGCAGUCGCAUUCGAAUCAACCAAAUAUAAAUCAAAAUGCCCUCCUCCGUGCACUCCCAAGACCACGACCAGUCCAUGAUGGACGCCGCCCCGCAGGAGCAGGAACAAUACCAGGAGGAAGAUGAUCUUUUGGAGAUGGAGGAGAAGCGCAUAGUCGUUCUCCCUGGCGCCACCGAGACAGCCGCUUCGUUUCAGUUUGAAGGCGAGGGUCAUACAUUGGGGAAUGCGUUGCGGUUUUCGAUUAUGAAGAACCCCCAAGUCGAAUUCUGCGGUUACACCAUUCCCCAUCCUUCGGAGCAGAAGAUGAAUCUGCGGAUUCAGACGACUGAUGAAACCACCGCAACUGAUGCCCUCCAGAAGGGUCUCGACGACCUCAUGGAUCUCUGUGAUGUCGUGACGGACAAGUUCACCACGUCGCGCGACACUUUUAACGCCGCUGAAGCGGACAAGAUGACCUCGUGAUCUUCCUUUCUUCUCUGUAAUAAUACUGUUUUCCCGGCGUUCUCGUUUAUAAAAGUUUCCCAAGGGAUUGGUUAUAAGCGGUUUGUUUUAGUAGAUAUGACUUGAUUUGCAUCAUCACAUAGACGUGUUUGUUUGAAUGAAAAACCGAACUGAACUAAACCGACUAUAUUUACAUAACCCCUCGACCCAUGACACAAUCCCAAUGCAAACUUCACCGCAAUCAAGAAAUCUAAUCUAAUUGCGGCCCUCCAAGAACCCAGACACAAAGUUGGGGGGUAACCGCGCACCGGGGCUUUCCUCUGGCCGGAAGUACUUCAUCACGUGUGACAGCUGCUUCCAGAAGUUGAGUGUUUCCUGGAACUCGGCAUGGCUCUUGAACAAAAGCACAUCAACAGCGCUGAGCUGCUGGACGUAGCGGUGCUUC